GGCGGCCUUAGGGGUCUGGUGCUUUUUCGUGGGGUGGAUCAUCAACCCUGAGGAAAGGGAGGGUGGGGGAGCUCGGUGUCGGAAUCAAUCAAUGGGGCUCAGUGGGUGUGCGAUGGGCGAGAGGGGAGAAGGAGGGCGAGUCUGUGGGGCUGGUAGAGAGCAGCGCUUGAGGGUGACAGCCGCUUGGACUGUAGGCUCAGCGUGGUGGUUGGGUGACCAUUGCCCGCUUUUGGAUUUCAAAAGGACGGUAGAGUGCCCCUAAACACGAAGCUUUGUUUUGAGAAACACCUGCUGCUUUUCCCUGAGGAGGAAAAACUUGGAGAAGUGGGACUCUCCAGUCUGUAGCCACCAUGUCUGGGAUUGGGAAUAAACGAGUGGCUGCAGAAUCCAGCCCCUCUGGGCCUCCAGAGAAGAAGGCGGGAGUUGAGGACUCGGGGACCACUGUGGAGACCAUUAAGCUUGGUGGUGUCUCCUCAACGGAAGAACUGGACAUUCGCACCCUGCAGACCAAGAACCGAAAGCUGGCAGAGAUGCUGGACCAGCGGCAGGCAAUUGAGGAUGAGCUGCGAGAGCACAUUGAGAAGCUGGAGCGGAGGCAGGCCACCGAUGACGCCUCACUGCUGAUUGUCAAUCGCUACUGGAGCCAGUUUGAUGAGAACAUCCGCAUCAUUUUGAAACGCUAUGACUUGGACCAAGGCCUUGGGGACCUCUUGUCGGAGCGUAAAGCCCUGGUGGUGCCAGAACCAGAACCAGACUCGGACAGCAACCAGGAGCGUAAAGACGAGAGGGAGCGAGGGGAGCGGUUUGAACCUGCAUUUUCCUUCCUGGCUACCCUGGCCAGCAGCACCAGUGAGGAGAUGGAAUCGCAGUUGCAGGAACGUGUGGAGUCUUCCCGCCGUGCGGUCACUCAGAUUGUAACCAUGUAUGACAAACUGCAGGAGAGAGUGGAUGUACUGUCCCAGAAGCUGAACAGCGGAGACGUCUCUCUGAUGGAGGAGGCUGUUCAGGAGUUGAAUUCUUAUCUUGGUAGUGAGAACAGGAGGCUGCAGGAACUUGCCGACUUGCUGCAGGAAAAGCAUCGCACCAUGUCUCAAGAGUUUUCCAAACUGCAAGGGAAAGUCGAGACAGCGGAGUCCCGCGUUUCUGUGCUGGAGACUAUGAUUGAUGACCUGCAAUGGGACAUCGACAAAAUUCGCAAGCGGGAACAGCGGCUCAACCGGCAUCUGGCAGACGUCCUAGAACGAGUAAAUUCUAAAGGAUACAAAGUUUAUGGAGCAGGAAGCAGUCUAUAUGGGGGCACAAUCACUAUCAACUCUCGCAAGUUUGAAGAGAUGAACGCAGAACUUGAGGAGAACAAGGAGCUUGCUCAAAACCGCUUGAGUGAACUGGAGAAGCUGCGUCAGGAUCUCGAGGAAGUGACAACACAGAACGACAAGUUAAAGGUGGAUCUGAGACGGGCAGUGGAGGAGGUGGUGAAGGAGACCCCAGAAUACCGCUGCAUGCAGUCCCAGUUCUCGGUCCUGUAUAACGAGAGCCUUCAGCUGAAAUCGCAUUUGGAUGAAGCCCGCACUCUGCUUCACGGCACCCGCAGCACCCACCAGCGCCAGGUGGAGCUCAUUGAGCGGGAUGAAGUCAGCCUCCACAAGAAAUUGCGCACCGAGGUGAUUCAGCUGGAGGACACCCUGGCUCAGGUCCGCAAGGAAUAUGAAAUGCUGCGAAUUGAGUUUGAGCAAACGCUUGCAGCCAACGAACAAGCAGGCCCCAUCAAUCGGGAGAUGCGCCACCUCAUCAGCAGCCUCCAGAACCACAACCAUCAGCUGAAAGGAGAGGUGUUGCGCUAUAAGCGGAAACUGAGGGAGGCCCAGUCUGACUUGAGCAAGACCCGUUCCCGCAGUGGCAGUGCCCUCCUUCACUCCCAGUCAAGCACUGAGGACACCAAAGAAGAACCCCUGGAGCUUAAACAGGAGCCUGAUGAUGUAGCCUCUAAGGCUCCCCCCGAGGACCUCUCUGAAACCAAGGCCAAACGGGAUGAAGAGGAGAGGGAGCGUGAGAGGCGGGAAAAGGAGAGAGAACGGGAGAAGGAGAAGGAGAAAGAGAAGGAGAGAGAACGGGAGAAGGAGAAAGAGAAAGAAAGGGAGCGGGAGAAGCAGAAGCAGAAGGAGUCAGAGAAGGAAAGGGAAUCUACCAAGGAGAAGGACAAAGGAAAGCACGAUGAUGGAAGGAAAAAGGAAGCCGAACUGAUCAAGCAGUUGAAGGCUGAUCUUAAGAAAGCCCAAGAAAGCCAGAAGGAAAUGAAGUUGUUGUUAGAUAUGUACCGCUCUGCCCCCAAAGAGCAGAGGGACAAGGUGCAACUGAUGGCUGCUGAGAAGAAAGCAAAAGCUGAGUUGGAAGAGUUAAGGCAAAGAGUGAAGGAACUGGAGGACAAGGAGAAAAAAGAGAGUAAAAAGAUGGCCGAUGAGGAUGCCCUCCGUAAAAUCCGGGCUGUGGAAGAACAGAUAGAAUACUUGCAGAAGAAACUAGCCAUGGCUAAGCAGGAGGAGGAGGCGCUGCUCUCUGAAAUGGACGUGACAGGCCAGGCCUUUGAGGACAUGCAGGAGCAGAACAUUCGCCUGAUGCAGCAGCUGAGGGAGAAGGACGAUGCCAACUUCAAGCUCAUGUCGGAGCGCAUCAAAUCCAACCAGAUCCACAAGUUGCUGAAGGAAGAGAAGGAGGAGCUGGCGGACCAGGUUCUGACCCUGAAGACCCAGGUGGAUGCCCAGUUACAAGUUGUACGUAAACUAGAGGAGAAAGAGCACUUGCUACAGAGCAACAUUGGCACAGGAGAGAAGGAGUUGGGCUUGCGGACCCAGGCACUGGAGAUGAACAAGCGCAAGGCCAUGGAUGCAGCUCAGCUGGCUGAUGACCUCCGGGCACAGCUGGAGCUUGCGCAGAAGAAGCUGCAUGACUUCCAGGAUGAGAUUGUGGAGAACAGUGUGACGAAGGAGAAGGAUAUGUUCAACUUCAAACGAGCCCAGGAAGAUAUCUCUAGGCUACGAAGGAAACUGGAGACCACCAAGAAACCUGACAUGGUACCCAACUGUGAUGAGAUCCUCAUGGAGGAGAUCAAAGAUUACAAGGCCCGUCUGACCUGCCCCUGCUGCAACAUGCGCAAGAAGGACGCUGUCCUCACCAAGUGCUUCCACGUCUUCUGCUUUGAGUGUGUGAAAACGCGCUACGACACCCGGCAGCGCAAGUGUCCCAAGUGCAACGCUGCUUUUGGGGCCAACGACUUCCAUCGGAUCUACAUUGGCUGAGCCGGGUCACGUUCCAGAGAGGCAUUGCUGCUGCCAAGCCCCCUCCUUGCCGAUCCUCAGCAGGCUGGACACCUGCUUCUCUCUGUUGGCUGCCGUUCCACACCCGCCCGCCCGCCCUCCCCCCCGCCCCCCACUUCUUUUUACAAGGCAGCUCUCCAUGGUUGAAGGAGUACAAUGUGGCUGUUUCCUGUACGCUCUCUUUUUCUCUUCAGUUUUCCUUUUUGACUCGUCUUUUCACACUGCCGGCCUCCAGCUCAGUGCUCAUCCAUUGCCCCCUGUUUAUUAAGGAUUAGCGUUGUGAAGAGAUGGCGUUCAGAGACACAGCAACCGCAACAACCUUAAACCGAAAAAUUGGCUUGGGGUAGUAUAAUGAGCCUCCUCGUGGUUUUGUUUUAAUUUCUCUCUCUCUCUCUCUCUCUCUCUCUCUCUCUCUCUCUCUCUCUCUCUGUUUUCUAAUAAAGCAGAGAGCUCUUCUUCCCAGUCAAGGUGUUUCCCUGUCUUGUGUCUGUCUGUACUGGCAAACCUCAACAGAGGCCUGCAAUAUUUGGAUGCUGCAAGCAGUUUUUCCCUUGUCGGGGCUGUUCAGUGUGGCUGUCAUACCCAUUACAGACUUACUGCAGGAACUUUGAGGCAUGUGAAAAGCAGUCAUUGGGAUGGAACCACCAGUGUGUUUCAAACUGAACUUGUUCUGCCCAUCUGAAAUGGAGUGACAGUUCAACGUACAAUUCAAUUCAAUGUACAAUGAAGUACAUUGUGGAGACUGAAGCCUUGGAGAAGAUGUUGCCUUCUCUCUGUCUCGGUGGAUUGUGUGCCUUGGUGUGCUCUGAAAGCGAAGAGAAACAUGGAAGAGAAUCCUUGAUUUGGUUCACACUUUGGCUCUAUCAGUAGGUCCUAUGUAUGAUGUGAACCUUGAGACUGCGCUCACCCAUACUACGGUGUGCACAGACUGGGGCCUCUGCACAUAAACAUGGAUUCAUGUGGGUCCUGUUUGCACCAUCUGUCUAUUCUUUUCUUGCUGCAUCAGAUGGAUUGUACAAGUGGGGCUUACUCGUGUAUGUAUUUACUUGUGGACACUUUAUGUGCAGGGGAGGGAACUAGCUUCUGUAUUGGGACCUAAAUGCAGGACUAAAGUGUGGACCAGAUUUUGGGUGACUAGCAUUCCAAUGAAGAGUUCCCUUUGCAUUAGGGAAAAUGGCAGAUCUUUCAAAUGCUUGGAUUGGUCUGCCCUUACUCUUCUAGAAAAGUCUCUCUUUUUGCUAUAAGAAUGUUUGAUUGGAAGUGCAUCUGCUUCAAUAAAAUCUGUGGUUCUGUA